GUGAUUCUUCAACGUUUAUAAUAUUCUCUUGAUGAAUCUAGCUGUAACUAAAAUGACACAGUUGGGUAAUCACAUAAAUUCUACAACUCAAUAACAAUGAUACAUCCCCCCAUAUAUGUACUUCUCUCUCUCCUUCACUCCCUCCUCACUUCCAACCCUUUUUGGAAGAGAGAACAAAAAUGGCUUCUUUCUUUUCUUGUUCCCUACUAUCUCCAUUGCUAGUCAUCACUCUCUUCAUCCAGCCCGCUUCCAGUGACCCCCGAACCCAACAACUGAUUGAUCAGAUUUGUCGCCAAUGUGAGGAUUUCGGAUUUUGCAACACAACUUUCAACGAAAACCUAAAGGCCCCAACAACAAAUGUCGAGGGCCUAGCACAGAUCACAAUUGAGCAAUCCCUGUAUAACGCAACCAACACAUACAUAUUUGUGAAGAGACUCCUAGCAGACACAGACACAACCGAUGUACGGAUGAGGGACUAUCUUACUGUUUGUGACAACAGUUACUAUGCAGUGAUGGAAUUGUUCAGGGAGGCGUUCCGGUCGUUCGAUCAGAAAGAUUACAGGGGUAUGAUGUUUUAUGAAUGGAAAACGUCAAGAGAAGUGGCCAUAUGUGAUGGUAUUUUUGUUACGGAGUUUUUAUGGGUGAACCCGUUGGGUGACCAGAACAAGCAGAUGAGGCAGCUCAUUACAAUGGCUCUUGUAACUGGUUUUAUGCUUGUUAGUUGAUGAGUAUUGUUCAAUCAUUUCGUACUCUCUCUCUCUCUCUCUCUCUCGCUCUCUCUCAAUUAGUUAAACUAUGAUUAUUAGACUCCUUGGCGUAAGAUAAAUUUCUAGCACUUAUUGUUGUCCCGAUUUCCCUAAAUCUGUCAAGGUUUCAAGUAUUUUGUUGUCACUGUUAUAUACAUUCAUCUUUGUGUAUGAUCCACAUAUACUAUCAACAAAAUGACACAACAUUUGUUCUUCUUUCCUUGUGAGGAUUCUACAAUGCAAAUAUAAAAAAGAAAAAUUAAAAAAGAAAAAAGAACAGCACUUAAUUUUGUGUAAAGCAAGACUGCAAGUGCAAAUGCUUUGACUGCCUGCUGUUGUUAGGUUGUAUAACUGAAAUGCAAACUAGUAGCGUUUACUAAAAGGUAGUAAUUUACUUUCCCAAAAAACAACAAAUAAAAGGUAGUAAUUAGCUCAACUGAUGAAAUCUGCUGCUAAUUGCACCCAAGACCUGAACUAAAAUCGUACUUUUCGAAGAUUAAUUAUGUUUUUU